AUGGCAGCGCAGGCCAUGCAUGCUCACGGUCGCGAUGUCCGCCAUGGAAAAUCCGGCUCUGGCUCGUCCCUGAAUUACGGGCCGGUGCCUGGAUCGCCUACUCUGACGAACCCCGAUAUGAUCUUGCCCGAUUACGAUUGCGAUGAGUCCCUCGAUGAUCGCUCCCAGUCUCCCAUUUUGAUGUGGAACAAUGGCCGAACAAACGACAUGCGCUAUCACCUCCCUCCGUCGCAAAACCCCUUUGUCGCCGGACCCAUGAACAUGGCCCCCUCAACACCCAUCAUCUACGGAAAUGGAACUAUGCUGUCGGAUAUCGGCGAGGUGACCGAGGUUGAGAGUGUUGUUGGAAGGGGACAGCGCCGCCCUUCAUCACACCUGUCCGACGAUGACCCUACUAUGACUAUGCCGCCUUCGUCCACAAUGGGCGUGUCGCGCAUCAAGACGAGGUCGCAAAUCUUGUCGCGCGAGAGAAGGUCAUCGCUCGAAUCCAACUCCACAAUCACAUCUCAAGGCCAUGGCGCCCCCUUUGCCGACUUUGACGAUUCCGUCAGUGUUGACGAUAUUAAUUUCCAGGGCGACGAUGAGGAGAGCAUGGCUUCCUCAUAUGUCGAGGGAACCCCUGCGCAGGAGCCCAGGGCCGCUCGUGUUCCCCGUACACAGGCUGUCGGCGAGGAGCGGUAUUCCACCAGCUCUCUUAGUGAUAGAGCAGAGCAGAUCCUAGCCAACGCGAAGCAAAGAUUAACAACGAUGGAAGGAAACCUAUCGAGAGCGAGAAGCUCGCUUUACUACUCCCCCAUGUCUGACGGCUCAACACCAUCUCCCCCGAUCGUCCGACCUGCGACAUCCCUCCAAGACUCUACCGAUCCUUUAGGAAUGGGUCACUCGAGGAUGCAAAGUGACAUCAGUUUACAAGACGACUUUGGUGGCUCUGGAUACCCUCAGCGAUCUGCUAGUGCCUUGGGAGCUGCAGGAGGCUACCGCCAACCUUUGACUUCGUCCAGAAGCGCUGAUGCGCUGGGGGGAUAUGGCAAUUCAACACACAAAACUCCGCUUUAUGCUCUGGAUACGACCCUGGAAGCCCUGAGCGAGGAUGAAGAUGGUUUCAAUGGCAACAGGCAUCGAGACAGCGUUCAAAGUUUCAACAUGCAAAGUCCAACGUUCGGCUCAUUUGUUGACAAGGAUAUAACCCGAUCAGCGUCAGUUGCGCAAGUUCGCGACUUGAAAGAUCAGAUGAAGGAUCUGAGAGGCAAAAUCUCGAGUCUGAAAGAACAAGCACGAGCCGAUAGUCUAAAACGCCGCAGUCUACAGAGCCUCCGGACACCCAGCCCAUUUACUCACGCGAGGUGGGACCAAGGAUUCCUUGAGCCUCGGAGGGUUAAGGGUGCUGGACCUGAGACAGUGCCCUGGCAGGCUCCUUGGAACACUGAUCCGACUAACAACGACGCGGAUGCCAAGGACACGCCUGAUCAGGAGGUGGAAGAAGCGCCAAGUAUCAAAUAUGAGGACACUCCCGAAGCCAAUCCUGAGGCAGCGCAAGUCGAAGAGAGAAAACCACCUCUACCAGCUCCUGAACCUGUCGUUGAGGACGAGCCAAAGUCGAAUAGCGCCGAUGAGCUCGAUAACAAGGGCGAGAACUGGGGAGGCGACCUGGAGGGAGUACGAGCAGAAGGGGAUGAGGAAGUACAACCUGAUCUGCAAUACAGUCCGCAGGAUAAUGUGCCAGACAACGCGCCGGAUAACGUGCCAGACAAUGUGGAGGAGGAUGUGGAGGUUGAUCUACAAAAUUAUCCUCAAGGCGAACAAGAGGGCGAAGAGGGUGAGUUCGUGGACUAUGGGAGCGAGAGCGGCGAGUCCCUAUACCACGAUACCUUGCAGCACCCUGUCUCGCACGAGGAUCGCGAGGAUGCAUUCGACUAUGAGCACUUCUUUCUUCACUCAGCAAUGGGGACAAUCAGCCAGCAGCGACUAGGACGACGAGGGAGCUGGGGCAGCGUGAGCUCAGAAGACUCAGUGGAGACCACACGAGGUCCUUUGCCUGACCUUGACCGAAGAACAAGCAUCGACACGAUAUCUUCAUUCGAUACCUUUGCGACGGCAACCGAGGGACGCGCAAGCCGUACCUCGACAAUUGACGAUACGACUGAGACUAUUCUGGAAACGCCUGAAGACUCGGAUGGACCUCCUACUUCCAAGCGUACCACGUUCGGGGGCUUCCAGUUUCCGCACAAUAGCACCCACAGCUCCAGGAAUAAUUCUGUUGACUUCCAUCAACCUCAUGGCCGACGCAACACGGUGGUUCACCGGCCGACUAAUAGUGUAGUCGCUUCGUCUAAUCAUCGACCGUCUGUUUCAUCUUUCGAGUCGACAGGGACCAACAGAAGCUUCCCUCUUGUCAACAAGUCCAAGGCUACUACCGGGGUUUUGACACCUACGGACAGUACCCCUGGCGGGUCUCCGGAUCCAGAACUGAAGCAAAUCUCGGAGACACUUAUGAACGGAGCAACCAAUUUGGGGGGCACGGGCAGUGGGCAGAGCAGCGGGAGGUCUUCUGCAGUGCAAGGGCUGGCAAAGGAAGAUGGGAUCCUGGUAGAAAGGCUCGUGGCCAGCCUCGGCAAAUGCGUCCUGGGAUUGACGGAAGCAUCAAGGGCCAGCUCAGAGGCUCGAAUGUACCGGAGGAGGAUUGAUGCAGCACGGCGCAUACUGGAAGGGCUAGAGGAAUGUUAA